AGAGGGUCAUGUGAUAGAGACCAGCUGACCCGGACAUUUUCCAGAGUCAGGUUUUAUUUUCGCUGUCCACAUCGCUGCCCGAGAAAAUAUAGAAAAUCCAUCGAAAUGGCUCUGCACUCGGCAAUCAAGGGAAAACUGAUCAGCGUUAUCGGCGACGAGGACACCUGCGUGGGAUUCCUGCUGGGCGGCGUGGGCGAGAUCAACAAGAACCGCCACCCCAACUUCAUGGUGGUCGACAAAAACACGGCCGUCAGCGAGCUGGAGGACUGCUUCAAGCGGUUCCUCAAGCGCGACGACAUCGACAUCAUCCUGAUCAACCAGAACUGCGCCGAGCUCAUCCGUCACGUGAUCGACGCCCACACGUCGCCCGUGCCCGCGGUGCUCGAGAUUCCCUCGAAGGACCAUCCCUACGACGCCAGCAAGGACUCCAUCCUGCGUCGCGCCCGCGGCAUGUUCAACCCCGAGGAUCUGGUGCGCUAAACUCCCCAGGAUUCCCAUUAGUCGAGGAGCUACCGCACACUGUUUCGUAUUGCUGCAACCGUCAGAGUAUUGAUUUACCCCCUGUCAACAACUAUCCAUAGAUUCAGUGCUACGCUUUGUUCAUAUUGUGUAUUUAAAGACAUUUAUUAAAUGGUUUUCGUUGUAUAAAUAGAUUAAAAUCGAAUUGUUUAA